AGACUGCAGCAGGUUUUUUACAGAACUGGCUAGCAUGGGCUUCUCACUGCCUGCAGCACCACGAGGAGCCUGCUGAGCGAGUGCAGGGGGAGGACAAGUGAGCUUCUCUGGGAUAAUGCCCCGGAUGCUUCUGCAUGGCCAUGGAAUAAGGUCCAGCUGACAAGCAAGGCUGGGGGAGCUGUGGAAGUGCCCAGAGGAGAACAAGGGAUAAAGUGCAGUCAGCUGAAGGUUUUAUUGGAAGCCACACACACCAAGGGUUGAAAGGAUGAAGGGAACGUAAUUCAGCAGAUUCCUUUGGAGCAGCAGUUGUUCUCCUGACUGAUAGAGGGAUCAAAAAAAAUGGUGAUCAACAUGUAAUCUCCAGAGCUAUGGCGGAGAAGUGCAGUUAAGCUCUGCCUUGAGUGAAGUUUGACGGAAAAUGGUCCAGCAGCUUUGUCUCUGGAAAUGGUUCACAGUGGGGGCGGCACUCGCUGCUGUCCUGGCAUGGGCUCUGGCCCAGAAUGAUGAAGAUUGCAAGUUGGCCAGAACAGGUCCUCCAGCCACAAUAGUUCCUAUUGAUGAGGAGAGUCGCAACGGCACUAUCCUGGUUGACAACAUGCUGAUCAAAGGGACAGCAGGAGGGCCUGACCCCACCAUCGAGCUCUCCCUGAAGGACAACGUGGAUUACUGGGUGAUCCUGGACCCCAUCAAGCAGACCUUGUACCUGAACAGCACUGGCCGUGUGCUGGACAGAGAUCCGCCCUUGUCCAUCCAGUCCAUCGUGGUGCAGGUGCAGUGUGUGAACAAGAAGGUUGGCACCAUCAUCAACCACGAGGUGCGGAUCGUGGUGCGGGACCGCAACGACAACUCGCCGCAGUUCCAGCAGCAGCGCUACUACGUGGCCGUCAAUGAGUUAACUCCAGUUGGAACAACCAUCUUCACAGGAUUUUCUGGAAACAAUGGUGCUAUUGACAUUGAUGAUGGUCCCAAUGGCCAGAUAGAAUAUGUCAUCCAGUACAAUCCUAAUGACAAGACUUCCAACAGGACCUUUGAUAUUCCUCUCACUUUGUCCGGAGCAGUAGUUCUGAGGGAAAGACUAAAUUAUGAAGAAAAGACUCGUUAUUUUGUCAUUGUUCAAGCAAAUGACCGAGCCCAAAACCUGAAUGAGCGGAGGACAAGCACGACCACCCUGACCGUGGAUGUGCUCGAUGGGGACGAUUUGGGGCCAAUGUUCCUGCCCUGUGUGCUGGUGAACAACACCCGCGACUGCAGACCCCUCACCUACCAAGCCAGCCUGCCCGAGCUGACGGAUCCUGCCCGUGUGAAUCCCAUCAGUGUCACUCCACCCAUCCAAGCCAUUGAUCAGGACCGAAACAUCCAGCCUCCUUCUGAGCGACCUGGCAUCCUCUAUUCCAUCCUAGUUGGUACUCCUGAGGAUUAUCCCCAGUAUUUCCAUAUGAAUCUCACAACGGCUGAACUGACACUCCUCAAGCCAAUAAAUAGGGAUUUGCACCAAAAGUUUGACUUGGUUAUUAAGGCUGAACAAGACAAUGGCCAUCCUCUCCCUGCCUUUGCCAAUCUCCACAUCGAGAUCCUGGAUGAGAACAACCAGAAGCCUUAUUUCACAAAGUCUACCUACGAGGGCUUCAUCCUGGAAUCCUCCCCAGUGGGAACAACCAUCUCGGAUAAUCGGAACCUGACCUCCCCCCUGCAGGUUGUGGUGCUGGACAACGACGUGGAAGAGACCAAGGAUCCACAGCUCCAUCUCUUUCUGAACGACUACACCACGUUUUUCACUGUGACUCAGAGUGGCAUCACCCGCUACCUCACCCUGCUGCAGCCUGUGGACAGGGAGAUCCAGCAGCUCUACACCUUCUCCAUGACAGCUUCUGAUGGAGUCCAAGAGAGUGUCCCAGUGACUGUGAACAUCCUGGUGAUCGAUGCAAAUGAUAAUACCCCGACCUUCUCCAACAUUUCCUACAAUGUCAAGAUCUAUACAGAUAUGAGGCCUGGAGAAGGUGUUAUUAAGCUGACGGCCGUGGAUGCGGACGAGGGAGCCAAUGGCCAGAUAGUGUAUGAGAUCCUGGCUGGGGCCCAGGGCGACUUCACCAUCAAUGAGCAGACAGGCCUGAUCACCAUUGCUCCAGGAGUGGUGCUGGCAGUAGGGCGCUCCUAUGCCCUCACGGUCAGAGCAUCUGACAGUGCCCCCCCUGCACAGAGAAGGAGCUCCAUCACCACUGUUUAUAUCGAGGUGCUGCCUCCCAACAACCAGAGCCCUCCACGCUUCCCACAGCUGAUGUACAGCCUGGAAGUCAGCGAGGCCAUGAGGAUCGGUGCUGUUCUGUUAAACCUGCAGGCUUUUGAUAGAGAGGGCGACCCCAUCAAAUACCUCAUUCAGAAUGGAGAUCCUCAACAAGUUUUUAAUCUCUCUCAAAGCUCUGGCCUGCUGGCCUUGGGAAAGCCGCUGGACAGAGAGAGCACCGACCGCUACAUCCUCAUCGUCACGGCCUCGGACGGCCGACCUGACGGGACUUCGACUGCUACUGUCAAUAUAGUGGUGACAGAUGUCAAUGACAACGGACCAGUUUUUGACAUGUUUCUCCCCAAAAACCUCUCUGUGCAGGAAGAGGAAGCCAAUGCUUUUGUUGGUCAAGUAAGGGCUACAGAUGCAGAUGCUGGGGUGAAUGGGCAAGUCCAUUACAGUCUGGCAAACUUCAACAACCUUUUCCGGAUCACCUCCAACGGCAGCAUUUACACGGCAGUGAAACUGAACAGGGAAGUGAGAGAUUACUACGAGCUCAUCGUGGAGGCGACAGACGGAGCUGUGGACCCCCGGCGCUCCACACUCACUUUGGCCAUCAAGGUGCUGGAUAUUGAUGACAACAGCCCCAUCUUUACCAACACCUCCUACACUGUCUGUGUGCCAGAAAAUCUCCCACCAGGAACUGUCUUCCUGCAGCUGGAGGCCAAAGACGUGGACCUGGGUGCUGAUGUGAACUAUCAGAUCCGCACUGAGGAAGCCCGGCAGUAUUUUUCCCUGAACAAGCACACAGGAGAGCUGUCACUCCGGAAAUCCUUGGAUUAUGAAUCCUUCUCUGACACAGAAGCAACCUUCACCUUCCUCGUGGAAGCCUUUGACAGCAAGGGCACAAUGCCUCCUGGGCUGGCCACUGUCACCGUCAGAGUUAAGGAUAUGAAUGAUUACUCGCCAGUGUUCAGCCAGAAGCUCUACAGGGGAAUGGUUGCUCCUGAUGCAGUCAAGGGCACUGUUAUCACCACGGUCUCAGCUGAGGAUCAGGAUCCCCCGGGCACCCCAGCAAGUCGGGUCCGCUACAAGGUGGAUGUUGUCCAGUUUCCCUACAGUGCCAGCAUUUUUGAUGUAGAGGAAAACUCAGGACGUGUCGUCACCCGAGUAAACCUCAAUGAAGAGCCCAGCACAGUGUUCAAGCUGGUGGUCAUUGCCUACGAUGAUGGGGACCCAGUGAAGUCCAACACCACCACAGUGGAAAUUGCGGUGCUGCAGCCCUCAGUCAUCCCACGCUUCACACAGGAUGAAUACAGACCCCCCCCAGUGAGUGAAAGUGCCCCGAAGGGAACCGUGGUUGCCGUGGUCACCGCAGCCGCCUUGAACCAGACAGUUGUGUACUCCAUUGUGUCAGGGAAUGAAGAGGAUGUGUUUGCCAUUAACAACAGAACAGGAGUGAUCUCUGUGAAAAAGCCUCUGGACUAUGAAAGUGUUCAAAGUUAUGAGCUCCGAGUGCAGGCAGACUCCCUGCAGGUGGUGAGAUCCAACCUGCGAGUCCCCUCCAAAAGUAAUACAGCCAAGGUCUUUAUUGAGGUGAAGGAUGAAAAUGACCACGCACCUGUGUUUACCAAAAAAAUGUACAUUGGAGGGGUGUCUGAAGAUGCCAGAAUGUUUUCUUCUGUGCUUAAAGUGAAGGCCAACGAUAAGGACACUGGGAAUUACAGUGCCAUGCAAUACAGACUCAUCAUUCCCCCCAUCAAGGAUGGAAAGGAAGGCUUUGUGAUUGAGGCUUACACGGGGCUGAUCAAAACUGCCAUGCUCUUCAAAAACAUGAGGAGAUCCUAUUUCAAGUUCCAGGUCAUUGCCACUGACGAUUACGGCAAAGGACUGAGCAGCAAAGCAGAAGUACUCGUCUCUGUGGUCAAUCAGUUGGACAUGCAAGUGAUUGUCUCCAAUGUUCCUCCCACCCUUGUGGAGCAAAACAAGGACCAACUCAUUGGGAUUUUGGAACGCUACGUCCAAGACCAGAUUCCAGGAGCUACGGUCGUGGUGGAAUCCAUCGGAGCACGGAGGUUUGGGGAUGGAUAUUCUGAGGAGGAUUACACCAAGUCUGACCUCAUGGUCUACGCCAUCGACCCACAAACCAACAGAGCCAUCAUGAGGAACGAACUUUUUAAGUUCCUGGAUGGCAAACUGCUGGAUAUCAACAAGGAGUUCCAGCCCUACCUGGGCCAGGGCGGGCGAAUCCUGGAGAUCCGCACGCCGGACGUGGUGGCCAACGUGAAGAAGCAGGCGCAGGCCGUGGGCUACACGGAGGGGGCCCUGCUAGCCCUGGCUGUCAUCAUCAUCCUGUGCUGCAUGCCAGCCAUCCUCAUCGUCAUGGUCAGCUACCGGCAGCGACAGGCUGAGUGUGCCAAGACUGCAAGGAUCCAGAUGGCUCUGCCAGCAGGAAAACCGGCUGGAGCAGCGGCCAACAACCUCUAUGAGGAGCUUGGAGACAGCACCAUGCGAGGAUAUGCACAGCAAGAGCAACAGCAGUUGCUGAGACCUUCUCUUCUCAGACCAGAGGAGCUGAGUAUGGAGUCUGGAAUUGAUCCAGGGCAGGAAUACUAUGGCCAGGAUUACUACAGUUACGAGCACGGGUACGAGCUGCCGCAGUAUGGGAGCCGUCGGCGCCUGCUGUCCCCGUCGGGAAUGUACGACGAGUACGGCGAGGUCGUGGUGGAGAGUGAUGGUGGCUACUACUACAGUCCCCACGGGCCAGCAGCAGAGGAGGGCAUGAGUCCAGUCAGAGGCCCUCCCAGCAGAGGUAUAAGCCAGGCAGCAGGGCCUCAAAUGGAAGGGAGACCUGUAGGUGUUGGGAUGGACCUCAGCCAUGGUCCUGGAAGAGGAUUUAGGAGCAGCCAGGGAAAAAGAAGGCUAAAGGCAGUGAUGCAUUUAAGUCGUGUGGCAGUCAGUGCCCACAAACCUGUAGGAAGAGCUGAGUCUGCCCGUUCCCGGUGGAAGAAAGCAAAGAUAUUCCCGAUGAUCCUGCAGAAGGUGAAAGGUAGGAAAGAUUCCAGCUAUGCCAAGCUGCUGUCAGCUCGCCAAGCAGAUGGGGACAAACCCAUGAUGAUCAGGGGAAGCUACUUCCAGAAAUCCACGGAUGACAGGCCCUCCAUGAGAAAACUAAACCACGUGUUGAAGCGCAUUAGCAUCUCCAGGAAAUUCCAGGAGGGCCUUGGCAAGGAUUUGGCACAUGGAGAGGAAGGGUCUGAGAGGGAUGAAGCCAAGUCGGGAGUUUCAAUCAGUAUCACAGCAGAGAGUGAGCAGGAGGACAGUGACUAUGAGAAGAGGAGGAAGAAGAGAAGGAGGCGCGCCUCGGAUGAGUCCUCUGAGAAGAGCAGCAGCUCCGGCUCCGAGUCAGAAGACAAAGACUACUUGAAAAUAACCCUGGAUCAGGAUGAGGCCACGGAAAGCACCGUGGACUCGGAUGAGGAAACUGGGGAUGUGGGGGAUUCUGAUGAGGACUCUGAAUCCAGCUCCAGCAGUGAGUCGGAGGAAGACUCAUCGGAAGAGGAUGAUGAUGAGGAAGAGUCUGAGAGCGAUGAGGAUGGCAGCCUGUCCAAGAGCUCAUCCACACGGAGCUCCUACAGCAGGUCAGGGACCAGUGAGUCCAGCAGCAGGAGAAGCACGGAUAUGUCUAGUGUAAAAAGCAGGGCAGGCAGCUCCCGUGGCAAACGCUCCAGCCAGAAAUCUGUGAGCUCCACUGCCUCAGGUAGUGACAGGGACACGAGCUACAAGAAAACCUCGGGAUCCAGCUACAAGAGCAAAACCUCCUCUGCCAGUGUGGAAAUAGAGGACACCAUAGAAGAGGUGUCAGAAGAAGAGGAAGAGGCAGAGGAGACAGCAGAUAACUCAAACAAGGUGGUUUCUAAAACUGCCAAUGCAAAAGCUGCUGCUGCUGGAGAGGGCAAGGGAGGACAAUCAGCUGCUCCUGGGGAGGAGAGUGAAGAGGAAAGUGAAGAAGAGGUUGAUCCAGAGGACAGUGACAGGGAGGACACUACCAGUAAGAAUGAAUCUUCUUGCCUAGGCAGUGAAAUCAGUGCAACUUCCAAAGGUACCACAGGGACAGAAAGCUCAGGUAGUGCCACUUCUGGGAAAGCUGCCACGACUGAGACUGAGCCUCAGAGCUCUGACACCGACAGGAAAGGAAUGAAAACAAGGAAAAAGUGGGCCAAAAAGAAGAGGAUCAAGUUGGUGGUGGACCCAGAGUACGAGAGCAGCUCCACGGGCGAGGAGAGCGCUCCCGACCCCAGCCAGAGGAACCGGCCGAGCAACGCCGGCUUCCAGCCCAGCAGCAAUGGCAACAUCUACAUCGCCCAGAACGGCUCCGUCGUGCGCACCCGCCGCGUCUGCCUCGGCAAUAACUUAAAAGCAACGUCCCCAGUGAGGCUGGGGAAGCAGUUCAAGAAACUGGACAAGCUGGCGGUGACACAUGAGGAGAGCGUCCCGCUGAACACAUUGUCCAAGGGACCAUCCCCAAGUGACAAAAUGAACUCCAGGCCAUGCAGUGUCUCCUUUUCCUCUACUAUAGGGGCCGAAAAUGUAGUGACAAAGGCCGGGGCGGCCAAACUGAAAAGCACAGACGAGCAGGAAUCAGUUGUUGACCACGAGGAAGUCAAGGAGCCCUUGGAGUCUCAUAGUGAACACACACAGUCUGACGAGGAGGAGCUCUGGAUGGGCCCUUGGAACAACCUCCACAUACCAAUGACAAAACUGUGAUUUUAGUUGAUUUUUUUUAAUUUCCAUUUUUACUUCGGUUUAUAAUAAACUGCGCUUUUUAUUGUCACCCAGGGGCAGAUGUACGGAGUUUGUAUGGUGCACAUCCGUAGUCCAUGACAAAUGGCACGCUUUAAAAUUCCCAGACAAAAUUUGCACUCACAUUUGGACUACUGAUCCGUUGUCCUCCCCAGUUUUGACAGGCUCCCAUUUCACUAAACACUACUUGGUUUCAAUUAAUGAGUUCUUUUUGGAACUGGAGUUCUUGUUUAAUAAACAGUAAACUACUAAUAAAUGCACAGCCCCCUUUGGUUUAACCCUCCAGACAGUUUUAUACCUGCCUGGCUUUGUUUUUCUGUAUGGUACUUGUGGCUCUACUGUCUAGAAUUGGGAAUUGUCUAUUUAUGCUCAAGAUUUAUAUCCGGAGCUCUGCCUUCUGACCUCAGAGUAAUACAUUAAAAAGAAACCCAUCCAAGUCAAUGGAGUAAAUCCUCGGCUGCUGCUGGAAUUUGAGUCCCAAUUCCAAAAUCAGAGCAAUUUAUGCAAACAGUGCCCAGCUGGCAAAGUUAUGGAAUCAAAGUUCCUGAGAUUACAGCACUGCCACUUAGAAAAGUGCAAGAGAAGCUGAAAUAAGAUAAAAAUUGCAAAGAGGAAGGCAACGUGUAGCAAUUAAUCUUAUUCAGAGCUACCUGGCUGUGGUUUGUUCAUUUUCUUUUACAAAUUAGCUCACUCCAAUUUUCUUCUCCGGUCAAUUUUUCAUCUUUUCAUCUCUUCCCACAUCAGUUCUGUUUGCUUCUUUCCAUGGUCUUUAGCUCCAGCUUUUAUGCUUUAUCAGUAAUUGUCAUCCUAUGGCUGUAUU